AUGAUUGACUUGGCUAUCGGCACUCCGGAGAUUGGUGUGGUCGACUUCGGAAUGCUACAUACUCUUCUGCACUGUCUGGCUCAGCAACUUCGCGUUGUAAACAAAAACGUCGAGCUCCGGGGAAACAUAGCCGCGCUGCCGGUUGGAAGGGAUCACCCCCAAACGGUCACCGUAACGGAAUAUCCCGUGGAUACAGAAGGGAAAUUGAUUGGCGAAACUAUAGGGCAGCCAAAGGCUGUGAUACCGGCUUCAACGCAACCUGAUAGUAUUUCAAUAGGCGCGGCGACAACGGCUUCAACACAACCAGACAGUAUUCUGAUAGUGCAACGCGAAAUCAGAAAACCAGAGUCGAAGGAACACAAAAAGAUGACUCCGCAAGCAAAACCGCCACAGUCUACCAGUUCACAUUCACAUAAAACAGAAUCUGCUGCUCCUCACGUAAGUCCUUCUACGGAAAAGCUUUCCCUCGUCACGAUUAGCAAAUUCAACGUGUUGGAAAAUAUAGUGGACGAUCUGAGAGAACGUGUUUAUGGCAGCAUCCCGAAGAAUGAGGAUAUUUUGGAAGAAGUAAGAUCUCAGACAAACCUUAAAGCAAUUACAGACAUGUGGACUUCACUCAAUGUAUCUUCAAGACUGGAAGCGGCUGAAACUGGAAUUGCUAAACUCAGCUCACUUGUUCAAGAUCUCAUCUCUGAUACUGGCGGUCUACAAGACGCGUUCAAAGAGUACGGCUCUAAAGUAUUCGACAUGGAAGUAACCCAGCAUCCAGAGCAAAAAGCGCCAGCUGAUUCUGCAACAUAUGAAACUGCAGAGUCGCUAGUGGGGUCCGUAGAGCAAUCGGUGACACGCCAAGGGGCUGAGCCACUUGCAGGCCCAAUAGAACAGUCAGUGGCAACAGCCGCACACAAAACCGCAAAGCCGCGUGCGGGCCCUGCGGAACGGUCGAUUUCACGGACGGCGGAGCAACAGACUGUUGCGAGCCCUUCAGCAUUCGUUGCGCCAACACCAACGGGUGCACACACGCCUGUACACGUUUCCCAUGAAUUGGCUGCAGUGCUACCGUUCCUAGAGCAAUUGCAAGCCGAUGUCGACAAACUGACCGGGGACUUUUACGAUGCCAUGGCGGAAUUGAAGCCGGACAUGGAACGUCCAGAGCGACCUCCGAGGCAACCGUUGCCAACAUUCUCGGCAGCUAUUCCGGAAACGCCGACCGCUUUUGAAACCACUAAAGAGACGGAGGAAACCGAAACCGAAACCGAAACCACUCCGGGAUUGGAACCAAUAGAAAAAAUUGGGAGAAAAGUUAUGUUAGAGGCCGACAAAUCGAUUUCUACAGCUGAUAUCGCGAAGAGACUGAACGCUCUCGAGAGGAAACUUAAGGAAUGCUGUGAAACAGUAAACAAACAAGACGGCGUUGUUCAUGAUCACAUUAAUUCAUUCCAAGAUCAAUUAGAAUAUCUAUCAAGGCAAGUUGCUUCUACUCAAGAAUUUACUGGUAGCAAAAUGACACAAGACGCUGUGAAAGACCUACCUGGGCUGAUGAAGUUAUUCCAGACAGUACAAAGCAUGCAGGAGGAACUAAAACAAGUCCACGAAGCAGCGUUGCAGUUGGCUGCUGAAAAGGAAGAUCGUCAGGACCGUAUAAACGCAAUUAUUGAGCAAAUCGAAGUUCUGAAGAACAUAAAACUGGACCGUGAAGAUAUGGCAGAGGCCAUGGCUGAGAAGGCUGAUCUGCGCAUGUUGGCUCGUAAGGUGUCACACGAUCAGUUCGAGCUGGCGUGUGACGACUUGUCCAGGGGACUGGACCACGCGCUCGGGAAGCUUAACAUGCAAGAAGCCCUUUGGCAACAAGCCCUUGACGACAUUCAGCGCGAAAUCGAAACGAAACUCGACAAGAUGGAGCUGUCGCCCGUGAAGGAAUUCUUCAACAACAAGUUGAAACAGUUGCAAGAGAAUCUGAAGCAAAUAGCGUCGCUCCGACGCGAGGUGGAAGCGGCUGGUGCUAAGAAGAAACUCAUGAGAGAUUUGAACUGCUUGUCGUGCGACGCUAAAGUUGUGAUGCAGAUGGAAGCGGAAUCGACUAUACCAAUCUCCAAACCGUUACCGGCAAAUCUCUCCAUGAAACCUUAUCUCAGCUACGAAUUGGAUACAAUCCGAAAAACUCAGGCGAGCAAUAUCCCUCAAAGAAAUCUGCAUGAUUGGGAGCAUAUCGAUAAACAAGCGCAGCCAUCGAAAACGCAACAAAAAGUUCGGUCUGAAACUGAUAAACAUUUGUGUAACCGUUACUGCGGUGGCUCCCACACAAUGACGACACCGGCGCAACGCGUGGCGCGUUUAGGACAUUUCAUCAAACAGUGGGGCCCUGACGUGUUACCUCUGUCGUCUGGAUAUACGACCGGCGAGGACGGACGGAUGUACAAAAUUAGCCCAUCUGAAGGCACCGACACGGGUGGGGCUGUUGAAACUGCUUGUACUAUUAAAUUGCCAACCAAAAAAGGUGAUUAUGCGAAAUUGCCGGAAAAGAGAACGAGCAUCGUAAACGCAGAAUGCCGGUGCUUGGAAGAUGGUAAGACGACUGCAACAAAACCAAUAGAAUAU